UGCAGGGACAAAGCCGUCAUGCAGCCCCGGGCCCUCCUCGUUGCUGCCCUCCUGGCGCUCCUGGCCUCUGCCCGAGCAGUGGAGCAGGACGAGGCCUCCCUCCUGGCAUUCAUGCAGGACUACGUGCAGCAGGCAAGCAAGACGGCCCAGGACGCCCUGACCAGCGUGCAGGAGCUCCAGGUGGCCCAGCAGGCCAGGGACUGGAUGACGGACGGCUUCAGCUCCCUGAAGGGCUACUGGAGCUCCAUCACGGACAAGUUCUCCAGCUUCUGGGACCUGGCCCCCGAGACCACCGCAGCUCCAGCCGUUUAG